UCAAGUGUCAAGACUUGUAUUUUCAAUUUUGUAAAUUACGUUGGUACUUGUUUGAGAAUUAUUGAUACAUACGACAAAAUUUUAUUAAAAAAAAUCAUAUCCUAAAUAAUUUGUUAAAGCUUGGAAUUUCGAUUGCGUUUUAACAGUGAAUUCUUAUUUACCAUCUGUCUCGUAAAUUGCACAACAUUUAGCCCUAAGGCGACAGUAUACCUUAUUAACAUGCUGAGAUUUCGUAAUAAGAUGGGAACAGAGCAUAGCAAAGAAUGGCGUUGUUUAAUGUGUUUACAUGUUCGCACUGGAACUAUGCUCCUUGGUUCAUGGCAUUUGGUACUGCAUUUACUAGCUUUAGGAUUUUUGGCUGCUGUGGUGAGGGACCCAGCGUUAAUACAAGAUUUUGAACAGGAGCAGGAAUCUUUUGUUGACUGGCGUGACGUAGGAUCCCCUUUACCUACUGCAUUACCCAACAUUGAAUCACCAUCCAGUGCUUAUUCUCAAUAUGCAAUUAAGUCGAAGGAGCGUAGUUUCAUUUACCACGAUAUAGAUGUAGGUGCUCUCGUGACCGUGUGCACUCUGGCCAUCACACUGAUGCUGAUCUAUGGAGCUGCUCGGGGGAAACCUGCGCACAUCCUGCCUUUCUUCUGUCUGCAGAUUUUUGACUUUGUUAUCACAGUGUUGACGGGCAUGGGGUACCUCUGCUACGUGCGCUCCGUCGACCAGCUCGUGCGCGAGGCCCGCCGCGUGCCCUGGCGCGCCCAGCUGCUGUCCCUGCCCGUGCCGGCCUUGGCCUUCGUCAUUCUGUGCUCGUUCCUCAUCGCCAUCUUCAUCAAGGCGUACUUCAUCAACAUGGUGUGGCGCUGCUAUAAGUACCUGACGAUGCGCUCGCACGCGCUGAGCGGCCUGACCCCCUUCGUGAUCUCCGGCGAGGGGUUGGCGAGCCCCUCGGGCCCCGCUCCCGCUCCGCUAUACUCGAGCCUGCUGCCCGACUACGAGGAGGCCGUCAAGCAGACGCCGCCGCCCUCGUACCGCGCCGCCACGCUCAUGGCGCAGGUCGACGCGCCUCGGGCCCUUCCGACCCCUCCGGCCUCCGACACCGUCGUGGUGCUGCCGCAGGCGGGGACGCACGCCCCGGUCUAAGCGCUGUCUCUCGGCUUACAAAAAUAGAGCUAUUUAAUUGUAUCUAAAGCGUUCUAAAUGUGUCGUCCGUUGUAGACGGUGGUUGGGAGACAACAUUCAUAUUAAGUGUAUACAUAAAUAUUAUUCUUUUUUUUCUACGCGUUCCCCUUAUUUUCGUACAAUUGUUUUAAUAUAACUUUCUGUUAUUGUUUUUAAAGUUUAAUAUGUUUGUCCCGUUUAUGUCUUUUUUCUGUACUUAUUUUUCAAAUAAUAAUUCAAAAUGUUAUUACUCGUUUUACUAUUAUUUUGGAUCCGAGUGACACUUUGGUGUAUGAUUUACUUAAUAUUUAUAACUUAAAAAAGCCAAAACACUUUUUUAUCUAAUUUCCAACAAUCCACCUAGUCAUUUUAAAAAGAGAUACCUUUAUAUAUAGCUAUGAUAUAUAUCAAGAAUCUAGUUGGUGCGUUAUGUUUAUAAAAGAUACGAUAUUAAAUAAAUUUAAUUGCUUUAUCAUGAAAAGAAUAUUUUGAAAGCCGUUUAUUAAAAGUAUUUCAAAGCGUAGAAAAACAUUUCCAUAUAUAUUCCUAUCCAAUUAAUAGUAUUAACAAUGUACCCAGACAAUUUAGAUUUAAUUGUGCAUUUUAAGUACGAUCGCGAUAAUAUUUUAUUCCGCCUUUCAUAUGAAUUAUUAAAAGGUAAUCUCAAGUUGAAUUUUAUUACAUCAAGCUACGGACGGAAAUGUUUUUCCUUAACUUCGUCAUGUAUCAAUUGUAUAAUAUUUUGUUAAUCCUAUUCGCGAGUAGUUUCAUAACGGCCUAUGAUCACGAGCCUCUCUAAUUUAAAUCAUUAAAUGCAAAAUAUAUUUCUGUUGUUUACUUUGGGCAAAUUCACUUCUUUUAAUCGAAAGUUCGAAUAUGUUUGUUGUAACUGUAGAAUAAAUAUUUAUGCUAAGACAAAUUAUUAAUGUGUGUACACUGUAAGUGAUGGAAUCAAAUAAAUCACUGUUAACAAUGA